AACAGCUGCCGCGGAGCCGUUUACAAACAGUGCCCCGAGCGCGGCGCGGCCGCUGCCCCGCGGCGCCUCGGCUCAGGUGCUGGAGUUUCUUUGUGGCACUGAACUUGGCCUUGAGUGUAUUUUACCCAAUGCAACUAUUUGAAAAGUUUGUGCAACAAACCUAAGUGCAACUGACUGUAUCUGUAGACUUGAAAAAUCUGAAGAAACAAUCCAAAAGAAACCUCAUCCCGUCACUGAGCGAAUCUUUGGAUUCUUUUGCUGGGAUGUGUGAAAGCACAUAAAGCUGAAGAAGAAACAAUUUCUGCUGGUGGAAAGAAAAAAAACCUAAAAAUCAUUUUCCUGGCAGAGGUUUUCCAGCUGAGCAGACUUUGGAGCACAUGUUGGAGAACUCUACAAGUGUCCUUACUGUGAUCAGGGAGCCCCCCCAGAGAAGUGCAGGCUGCCAUUAGGAGAUGUGAAGGAGCAGAAGGGAGGAAAGGAAAGAUGCCCACGCAGCCUCUCCUGGCCUACAUGGACGGACCCGAGGGAAUAGCCAGCGCCGUGGGAGCCCAGAUGGAGACCAGCGACGCCUCCAUGACCAUCAAAGGAAGCAGCACCAUCUCCUACAAGAGCCUGCAGGAGAAGUUCCUGCUGCAGGCCGAGGGCUGCACGCCCCUGGACUGCAUGUUCUGCGAUGAGACCUUCAAGCACCCCGAGGAGCUGGGCAAGCACGUGCUGACCGAGCACAGGCCCACGCUGUGCGAGCCCGCCGUGCUCAGGGUGGAGGCUGAGUAUCUCAGCCCUCUGGACAAGUGUCAGGUGAGAACCAGCUCACCUUCACCCAGCAACGAGCAGGACAGCGAGGAGCUGAGCUGCAAAGUCUGUGGGCAGACGUUUGAUAAAGCUUUCGACAUUGAGGCGCACAUGAAAAAGCAUAAAGAUUCUUUCACCUAUUGGUGUAAUGUUUGUGGGCGAAGAUUUAAAGAGCCCUGGUUCCUCAAAAAUCAUAUGAGAACGCACACUGGAAAACCUGGUUCUAGAAACAAGCAUCAGCAAGGUUCUGAAGGCCCCAUAACAAUAAAUGAGGUGGUGCAGGAGCACGUAACUGAAAACGUAACGUCACCUUACAAAAUUUGUAUGGUUUGUGGUUUCCUAUUUCACAAUAAAGAGACUCUAAUUGAGCACAGCAAAGUGCAUACCAAAGAAUCAGUUCCCAACGGUGAAAGCCCCCAAGUGACUGCUGAAGUCAAUGCAGAAGAAACGUCUCAAAACCAGGAAUUUUUCCAAUUCUUGAAUUUAAGACCAAAUUCAGUUCCAGAAAAGGACAAACUGCAGAAGCUUGCGAAGUGGAUCGCUGAGCUGGAUCCUUUCACCACAUAUCAAGCAUGGCAGCUGGCUACCAAAGGUAAAAUUGCAGUUGGUCAUGGGCAGAUUAAAGAGCCAGGGCAAGAAGGAAGUACAGACAACGAUGAGUCAUCUUCAGAUAAAGAAGAACUCUGUGAAAUUUGGAAUGCAAAUAAAGGUAGCCAGGCUGAAACUACAGGGAAGUCAAAGGUAAAUAAAAACAGCAGUUUCACAGGGAAUGGUAACCUAACCCAGGACAAACUGAAACAUCCCUCUGGUGAAGUGCCUUCUAUGGAGAUGGAUUCGAAAUCAUCCCAGAACAAAGAGAAGCCAACCCACUGCUCUGAGUGUGGGAAAGCCUUCAGGACAUACCACCAGCUGGUCCUUCACUCCAGAGUGCACAAGAGGGACCGGCGGGGCGAUGGGGAGAGUUCCACUGCUGCCAGGACCUGCUGUGCCGACAUCAUUGGGAACCUGGAGGAGAACGGGGCGGCAGAGAGGAUGGAGGGGGGAUCUGAGGACGGCUCUGAAGAUGGGCUUCCAGAAACAAUUAAUUUAGAUAAAAAUGAAGACAGUUUGGAAAGAACAAAAGUUAAAACCCUUGGGACCUCCAGAGAAUGCAGCUACUGUGGAAAGUAUUUUCGCUCCAAUUAUUACCUCAAUAUUCAUCUCAGAACUCAUACAGGUGAAAAGCCGUACAAAUGUGAAUUCUGUGAGUAUGCAGCAGCCCAGAAAACUUCCCUGAGGUAUCAUUUAGAGAGACACCACAAGGACAGGCAUGGUGACAGUGCAGCUGAUGGGAAGGGUGACAGCAAAGGUUCCCUGCGGGGUCAGGAGACGGCGCUGUCGCUGGCUGCUGAUGCUGCUCCAGAAACCAAAAAUCUGAAGAGGCUUUUUGAUGGUGCCAAAGAUGCUGAGAGCUGCCCACCUGCCAAGCAGCAAAAGGAAGUUCUGUCCUUGAGCAAUGCAAUGGGCAGCACAGUCUUUUUAAAAGUAAAGAACAAUUCCAGGGAAUUGAACAAAGGUUCUAUUUGUAGCAGUUUGAAUCAAGUACCUGAGAACGUGCCCACUCCUUACCCGGAGAAACUAAAGGCUGAGAAGGAAACCAAGGAAGCCCAGCCUAAAAGAGAGAGAAAGGCUUCUGUGGCCUCAGAGGAAGAUGAUGUCCAGUACAUCUGUGCUUUUAUUGGUGGGAAAAAUGUGAACAAUAUGCAAGAAUGCACCGAGAACUACAGACGCAGACCUGUCGUGGACUGUCACGAGCAGCCCUUGGACUUGACCAGCAAGACUUCCCAGGAGUGUUCAGUGAUUGCAAGCAGAGGCCUGCUGGCCCCCAGCACCUGCCCCUUCUGUACCUACAGGACAUUUUACCCCGAGGUCCUCAUGAUGCACCAGAGGCUGAUGCACAAGUACAACCCUGACACUGUCAACAAGAACGGCUACAGGAGCAAGGCCGUGGCCAAGGCGCGGCGCACAGGCUGCCCCCCGGCCCUGCUGGGCAAGGACGUGCCUCCUCUGCCUCUCCAUCCCAACAAAAACAAGGCUUCCACAAAUCCACAGCAAAAGCCACUGCAGCCAGGGAAAGCCAAGCAGUGUGCCCCUCCUCAGAACAAAGCCCCUCUCUUCUCCGCCAGCGAGUCGAGCAGCACAGCCCCGAGUAACCUCAAGUUUCACAAACAGCAAAGCAACCUUGGAGCUCAGGCAAACAACUACAGACAACCUCAGCAAGAAGAAGUGCACUCCAGCUUCAGGAUCUCUCCAGUACUGGACAGAGUAAAGAAAUCUGACUAUAAAAUCAAAGUUCUGGGUGCCCCAGUGACUCAGUCUGGUCUGGUCAGCAGCAGCAUGAAUGGGGUUCUGGAAUCUCACCUCAGUGAACCUGGCUGGGCUUGCCAGCGAGGCAGAGACUAUCUCUGCAGUAAAUCUGGGAGCAAUGCAAGUCUGGACUAUGGAGAAAGCUCUUCCAAACGGAUGAAACCCUCUGUGGCAGCUGUGGAGCACCUGGACUCUCCUCUGGCUAAUUACAGGAGAUACGAAAUGAGCAGAUUUCACGUUGCAAACAGAUAUGCAAAUCUGCUACCUCAGGAAUACCCUCGCACCAAACCCACAUCCUCUGUUCUGCCAAGCAAACAAGGGCUCCUCAGUGCAGAUGAUGCUGAUCCUCCCAAUGGAUUGACUGCUCUCAAACCCUACGAGCCAUACAGCUCUGGGUCACUUUAUGGUUCUUGUGGGCCUAGCAAUGGCCAGGUCAGCAGCUCGACAGGAGAAGGAAAGAGAUCAGUUUCAUACCAACCCUUACCCAGCAACCUGCUGCAGAAGAGAAGUUUUGAGCCCUUUGUGGGGAACUCACCCUUCAGACCCAGUGACAAGAAGAACUGAAUCACUCCAGAACGGUCUAAGGAUACAAGUGCAUAUUCCAUGGAGUUAUACCUGCAGUUCAUCCCCUGAGGAAGAGAAAAUGGUGAAAGCUACUGAACUAAGCUGUGAUUGUACUGUAUAUAGAAACACUACAGUUUUAUAAUAUUGGUUCUUUUAACAUUUUGUACCAAAUAGCCAUACAAAAGUAGUCUAAACAGUUGGGUUAUGAAGGUGUGUGGAGAAUGUAUAUCUUGACCUUGACUUUUGAGUAUUUUUCAUUAGAAUUAAUUGACCAAAUAUUAGGUAGGAGUUCUAUUUUUACAUACUUGAGCGCUGCUGAAGAGUUUCUCUUGGAAAGAAUAUAUAUCGUUGCACCUCAGGUAAACUGUAAAUAUUGAAGUUGAAAAUCCUGUUGGCGUAAUGCUCCUUUUUCAUAAAAGUGAAAGUUUCUCAUCUGUUGGUUUUUUUUUUCCUGUUGAACUAUGUUAGUUUUUUAAAAGUUCCAAAUAAACUGUCUGAAAGUGUCCUGUUUAUAAAUGUUGUGGACAUGAAAGCAACGGUGCUGACAUUGAUCUGCCUUGGCUGGGCGAGGACCAGGCCGUGCUGGAGGGCUCUGCUGCCCUGGGGCUCUUUGCAGCACGAUUGAAAUGCAAGCAUGAGGCAAUACUUGACAUUUUGGAUUUCCUGAAAUGUGGCUGGAUGAUUCUCUUGGCACUGGUUGCUGUUCUUCAGAGAAGCCUCUUAAAAACACCUCUGCCACCAUGCAAACAGAAAAUCCCUGGGACUCGCUGGAGAAACAAUGAUAAUCUCCAUGUUGCAAAUGUUCGGUUCUGUACUAAGCUCCACACAGUCACAUUUCAAGAAAGAAAACUCCUUUGCACCUUUGUC